CAAUGCGCGUGAACAGUGCGCGCCGCCGAUGCUUGAGCUCGUUUCCACGUUUGAGAAUGACGUCAGGAGACCUAGCGGUCAAGACGUUCCGAGAUUUUAGAAACAAACAGUACAGUACCAUUAUGAAGACUCGGAGUCUCACCCGUUCCUGUAAAAGCCUCUUUGCCACUUUAGUCAUUUGCAGUAUUUAUGCUGUAAAUGGAGAUUACUGCAAGGUGAACCUGUGUCAUAAUGGAGGAACUUGUGUGACUGGCAUUGGACAAGAUCCUUUCUUUUGCAUCUGUGCUGAGGGAUUUGCUGGAGAUACUUGCAAUGCCACAGAAAGCGGUCCAUGUAACCCAAACCCAUGUAAAAAUUAUGGAACGUGUGAGGUGAUCUCUAAUUCCAGAAGAGGAGAUGUUUUUAAUGAGUAUGUGUGCAAAUGUCAACCGGGGUUCGAGGGUGUACACUGCCAAAUCAAUGUGAAUGACUGUGCAAUCAAGCCAUGUAAGAAUGGAGGCCUUUGCCGUGACCUGGAUGGCGACUACAACUGCCAGUGCCCUUCUCCAUAUGUUGGGAAGCAAUGCCAGCUACGCUGUACAUCUCUAUUGGGAAUGGAGAAAGGAGGAAUCGUAGAGUCCCAGAUCUCUGCUUCCUCUGCAGACUCUGGAAUUUUAGGACUGCAACACUGGGGACCUGAACUUGCUCGCCUCAACAACCAGGGUAUUGUAAACGCUUGGAGCUCUGCAUCUCAGGACAAGAGCCCGUGGAUUCAGAUCGAUAUGCAGAAGAAGAUGCGUCUCACUGGUAUCAUCACCCAAGGAGCAAGUCGCAUGGGAGUGGCUGAGUUUAUUAAAGCUUUUAAAGUGGCAUCAAGCUUCGAUGGCAAAACCUACACAGUGCACAGAGCUGAUGGCCAGAGAAGAGACAAAGUGUUUGUGGGAAACACAGACAAUGAUGGAACCAAGAUGAAUAUGUUUGACCCUCCAAUAGUGGCCCAGUAUAUUCGCAUCAUUCCUGUGGUGUGCCGGAAAGCUUGUACUCUGCGGAUGGAACUUGUGGGCUGUGAUCUUAAUGUGCACUCCAGUGCGUUUAGUUGCACAGAUCCGCUGGGCAUGAAGUCGCGUCUCAUAUCUGACACGCAGCUGUCAGCGUCUAGUGCCUACCGCACUUGGGGUAUUGAUGCUUUUACCUGGCACCCCUAUUAUGCUCGCCUGGACAAGCAAGGCAAGACUAACGCUUGGGCAGCAGCUAGCAACAAUCGCUCAGAAUGGCUUCAGUUGGAUUUGGAGAAACCCAAAAGAAUCACUGGCAUCAUCACUCAGGGAGCAAAAGACUUUGGAGUUGUGCAGUUUGUGUCAGCUUUCAAGAUUGCGUACAGUGAUGAUGGUCAUUCGUGGAACAUCAUACAGGAUCAAACAACAAAAAAAGAUAAGAUUUUUCAAGGCAACAUUGACAAUAACACACCGAAAAAGAACUUGUUUGAGCCUCCCUUCUUUGCCCGAUUUGUGCGCUUUUUACCUUGGGAGUGGCACGAGAGGAUAACUCUACGCAUGGAGCUGCUGGGCUGUGACGAUUAGAUAACCUGCUGCACUCUGCUUUUAUCUGAACUCUCUUUUAGUUGUAGUAUGAUGAUGACGUUUUUACAUAAUUCAGUUUGUAUCGCUCUGUAUUUUAUUUUAUGGAUGAUAUUGGACUUUAUAUAAACACAACAAAAACUAAGGACUUAGUUGUUUUCUGACUGAUAUUAAAAUUGUAGAUUAACAUUCAAAAUUUCUGUUAGCUUUAUGUUAACAAUAAUAAUAAUAAUGUUAAUCAUUUUAAUGAGAAGUUAAUGCUUUUGUAAAAACACAUAAACGUCAAUGAAAUUUGUAGCAACAUAAAACUUUAGAAAUGAGAACAUGAUGUAUUUAGUUGUUUAAUGCUUUGCGUUUUUGCAGCAUCACUUACCAUUGAUGUAUUUCACAAGACAUAAUCUAAUUUACAACAGAUUGUAAUUUACUAACAAGUAUCUUUUAUUGUUAUUCCACAACCACUGUAACCAAGAUAAAAACUGUUGCAAAAUUUCCCUUA